CCGAUGGUUACCGCACCUGCGGGCCGCGUCAAGUAUAGUGUCCAUCCAACGGAGAUCUUGUUUGUUAAGCCUCUUUUCACCCGGAACUAGAUCGUUUUUUGUUCUACUUGAUCUUGGUUGACAAAUUUGGUACUGUUUAGUGCCACUUUCGACCCGUUUCCCCACUUUGGUGCUUUGCUAUAGAUACUCAUCUAUUCCCCCAGUCUAGUUCCGUGGUCGUCAUUCAGAACCUGGACGCAGAAACGACAACAUGGCGAGCCAAGCACAAAUAGAUAUGAUCAUGGCCCUGGUCGAGUCGGGUAUCCCUCUCUCGGAGAUCCCAGCUGGCAGGCCACCGCCUGGAGAGGUGUCUCACAUUCACCACGCCGUGGGCCGAACGCACAUCAUCACAACAGCCGACAUUAUCUGUAUGGUAAUUGUGAUUGUCGUUGUCGCCAUGCGAAUGUAUACUCGUAUCUACCUUGUUAAGAGUCUCUGGUGGGACGAUUGGUGUACUCUGUUCGCGCUGGCACUUUGGAUUGGCGAGACAGGAUUGUUUCAGAUGGCCUGUUCCUGGGGUGCAGGCAAACACAUCUAUGACCUCGCAGUAUCAGAUCUCUAUCCAAAUCUCCUACGUGGAUGGGUGGUUUGUGCUGUCAUGUACAGCAUAACCAUGCUCUUCUCCAAGCUCUCCAUCUUGUUGCUGUAUCGCCGCUUGUUCCCUAUAAGCAACUUCGCCAAGCGAUGGUGGGCCGUUGUCGCCUUCACAGUCGCCUACUCUCUUGGAGGUGUCUUUGCGUCACUGUUCCAAUGCCGGCCCAUGGAAUCCGCCUGGUCUUUGACCACGUCACCUGAUUACUGCAUCAGCACUGAAAAGUUCUACACGGCCAAUGCGGCAUUGAACGUCGUCUCCGAUAUCAUGAUUCUUAUCUUACCUAUUCCCAUCGUCUGGGGCCUCAACACAGACGUCCGUAAGAAAGUUAUCCUCACUGGUCUCUUCUCAAUGGGAUCCAUCUCAUGCCUUGUCAGCAUCCUCCGCAUGCGCUCCAUCAUCGUACUCUACAAGGACGGAUUCGAAGACUUGACGUGGGGACUCGUCGAAGUCGUAGUGUGGUCACAAGCAGAACUUACAGCAGCAAUGAUCUGCACCUGCACCCCCUGCCUACGACCGCUGUUUGAGAAGAUCACUCCUAUACUGUUCUCCUCGGUUGUGGGCUCAAGAAAGGGUAACAGUACCCACGACUACAACGGCAGUAAUGGUAAAUACCUUCGUACUGGCGACUUUGGUCACAGAAGCACGGCGAGCAAGGCUACAUCCCUUGCCGACCUCGAGAUGGACUCGGGUAUUCACAAGAAGGUCACUGUCGAUAUUAGUGCUAUGGGCGCCGAUGACAGCGACAGCCAGAAGAGUAUCAUCCGUCACUGAUGGGUCUGCUGAGCUGGUUGGAAGAACGCACUGUUAUAUGACAUGGGAUGAUCUUGGAACGAUCUGGGGGUAAAGCUUACCAUAAUACAUCUCGCUGGGACACAGCAUUUUCUUCUGUCAUCUGAACUUGCCAUGAUCUUUUUCUACC